AUGACUCAGCAAACGAAAGAUACUCAAAAGGGGAAAGAAAGAGUGAAAACUGUCCUACAAAAGACACCGAUAAAAGGUAAAUUGAAACAGGGGAAUGACACAAGUAAGGAGAAUCAGAAGGCAUCACUUGAUGUCCCCACAAAGCCAGCUUUCUCCGCCAAAGCCAAAAUGAAUCAAGCUCUAGUGCUAGCGAUUAGCACGCUCUUGCACAAACAAGGAGCUGGAGACAAGGCCAAGAAAGGAGCCGCUGCCACUCCACCAAAGAAGGAAAAAAGGUUAACACCCACUCCCACUGGCAAGGGUGAGUACAAGCAAAAGAAACCUCCUGAUGAGAGCAUCAAAUGCAGCCGUUUGAAACAGAGCACUCCAAAAAUACAAGAGCGCCUAACUCAGGGCAGUGCCAAUGAGAGCUCAAGAAGGAGGUUUCCCUCCCAGGAAGAUUUCUUUUGGCCAAGACAAUGUGAUCCUUGA